AGUUUAUCUUAUUUCAGGGACAAUAUAGAAACCUUGCGGGAAACCAGUGUAGCAUUGAAGAGCAAAUACGAGGAAAUGGUUUCAAGCCACAAGCAGUUGGAGUCAUCUCUGACAGAGAAGAGUGAGGAACUGGAACAUCUCAGGGUAUCACAUAAGAUGCUUCAGGAAAUGGGACAACACACUGCAGAAACUGAAUAUGAAGAGCUUGUGGUGAAGCACACAAAAUUGGCACAGGAUUAUGGAGCAGUUAAAUCUGAGCUAGAUAAGGUGAAGGAGGAGUUAGACUCCGCAAUGAGAGCCCUGCAGACUGCAAAAAAGACAAUGGUUGACAUAGAGACGUUUCAUGAAGUUUGUAAAGAGAAGGAAUUCAUCAGUGCAGAGCUGGAAAAUAUACAUACUGAAUACCUUCAGAUUUAUAAUGAGCAAACUAAUCUCCAAGAGCUUUUGAGAAUAACAGAAGACAGAGCAAAAACAAAUGAAACAGAGCGUAGGAAGUACGAACAAAAUUUUUUGGAGAUGACAGAGGUGCUUAAUGCUAGGAUCACCACAUUAACAGAUACUGUUACCAGUUUUAAUAAUAAGUUUAAGGAGCAGCAUGACAGUUUCAGUGCCCUCAGGAAGAAUUUUAGUUAUUUAGAAGAGACCUUAGAUGAGAUAACAAGUAAGUUUGAAGAAGAGCGCAAGAAAGGUGAGAUGGUGCAGAAGGACUUUGAUAAUUACCGUGAAAUAAUAACAAUGAUGGGACACCAACAGAAUUGUUCUGAAAAUAAUGAAGUGGCUGAGAUUCGGAGGGAGAAUGCUGAUCUGAUUGCUCGUUUUGUGCAAGUAGAAAAAGCUAACAAAGCGCUACAUCUGACAGUGUGUCGUCUCAGGAAGAAGGAAGCAGAGUUGACCCUUCAGCUAGAGGCAGCUUCAUUGACAGGAGAUACUGUCUCAGCAUCUCAAACCUCCUCACAUGCUGAGUCAGUUGAGGAUCAUGAUGUUAUGCUACAGGAGCCAAGCAACAUGGACUCAGAUACAUCAGAAACUGUGUCUGUACAGCUGAGAGCUGCUGAAGCUACCAUUGUUUCUCUACAGCAUCAACUAAAUACUACGAGUAAAGAGUUGGAAUCGCUUAGAGAGAGUAAUCAUAACAUGCAAUCGGAGGAGUGUGACAAACGGAUUAGUGAUGUUUCUACUGAAGAAUCAGACAUCAUUGCUCUGAAGAGAGAGAUUCUUGACCUCAAGAAUGAAGUAGCAGCCAAAGAAAGGCUCAUUCAAGAAAUGGGAGGAAAUACAGAAACUCUUGGGCUAGAGAUUGAUAAUUUAGAGACUGGUAAUUACAGCAAUGUUACUCAACCUCAAGAAUGUUAUGUAGAGACUUCACCAAGAAAAUCCUCUAAAGUAGAAGAGCCAGAAGAUGAAGGUGGUGACAUGUCUAUUGGGAAGACAUGUUUUGGAGUCUUAAAAGAUGACAGAAAAGCACUUAAGGAGGAGCUUCAGUAUAUUAAGAAAGAACUCAUGGUGUCCCAGGAGCAGCUUAAGAGCAAUAAAUCUCUGAAGGAUCAACUAAAGAAUGAGCUUGAUGAAGUUAGAGAGAAAUUGAAUCAGACAUUGUAUGACCUUGAAAGAACUAAAAACCAGAACAAGUUUAACAGGACUAUUGCUGAAGAACUGGAAGAGAAGGUGAGCUUACUUGAAACUGAACUUAAGGCUGCUAUAGAUAGGAGUAAGCAGCUUCAAGAAGAAAAUAAGAAGCUGACAUUUUCCUCAAAUAGUUCGCAAGACGAGAGCUUUCCUGAGAGACAAACAGAUCUUUCUUCAUCAAUUAUAACAAGAUUACAGGAGGAGCGGAAUAAUCUUCAAGAGAAGUACAACUGUCUGAAGGAACAACUAGGGAAGAUGUUUGAGAAACAAGAAAAUUUCAAUAUGGAAUUUGAGGAGAGCAACAAUAAGUCUGAGGAACUAGCUUUCUUAAAUGAAGAACUUAGUUCAAAGAAUGAUGAAUUAGCCUCCAAGAAUGAUCUGCUCAUCAGCAAGAAUGAGGAGCUGACAGUUAUGCUUGAUGAAUUAAAGAAUGAAGUCACUGAACUCAUGGGUCAAAAUAAUGUCCUCAAAUCUAACACGGAAACUCUGAAUAAAAAGGAAGAAGAGCUCUUAAAGGAAAAUGAAGACCUCUUAGCUCUUAAGCAAGACUUAGACACCCAGAUUCAGACAACAUCCCAGAAAUUAGAGGAAGUGAUGUCAGGAAAUAAAACACUCAUUUCAAGGAACACAGACAUAGUGCUACAGAAUGAAAUGCUUAUUGCUGAAAACCAACACUUAAAGACUUCACUUGCAACUAACAGUGAGGAUUUAAAAGAACUAGAACAGUUAAAGAAAAACAUUCAAAUCCUAGAGAAGGAGCUGGAACUUAAGGUUCAUCAAAUUGAUACAAGAUGUACAGAGCUUGCUACUCAAGUUGAAGUACUGAAAGCUGAAAAGGAAGAAUUAGUCUCUUCAUAUGGAGUUGUGUCCUCUGAAAAGAAAGAGCUAUUGACUGCUUCACAAGAACUAACAGUAAACUACAAUGCCAUUGUUGCUCAGAGUGAUCAAAUUUUAAAAGAAAACCUGGAAUUAUGCUCAGAAAAAGAGAGGUUGCAAUCAGAAAUGAAUGCCAUCUUGAAGGAUAAGAUAGAAUUACUUUCAGAAAAAGAAAAAUUACAGUCACAACUGAAACACUUGGAAAAGGAAAGAGAUCAAUUGUGUAUGGAAAAGGAAGCAUUAUUGACCCAGAAAGAUGAGCUAAAACUUGAGAGAGACUUAGCAUUGAAUGAUGAGGUUGAAAUAUCUAAACAGAAAAGUUUAGAAGCAAAGAUAAAGGAAUUUGAGAAAGAGAAUGAUGAACUCAUUUCUGAGAAGGAGACAUUAGUAAAACAAAAUGAAGAUUUGUUGUCAGAAAAAAGUGUGAUGUUGAAUGAAAAGAUGCUUUUAUUAUCAGAGAAGAAAGAACUACAAGCUGAGAAAGAAAUGAUUGUAAAAGAAAAUAAUAAACUGCUCUCUGAUAAAGAAGCUUUGCAAAUGGAGAAACAAGAAUUGUUAGAACAGAAAAAUAUUAUUCUCAGUGAUAAACAGCAAUUAUCAUCUACAAAUGCACAACUACAUUCAGAGAAUGCAAAAAUUUUGAAAGAAAAAGAAGUAAUGCUCUCAGAGAGAGAGAUACUGGUAAGAGAAAAAGAUGAGAUUCUGAAAAAUGUUGAGGAUAUGGCCUCUGAAAAGAACAUUAUGAUCUUGGAGCAACAAAAACUGGAAGGUGAAAUGAUGAGCAUGAGAGGAGAAAAUGAGCAAAUCAAAAUAAAUAUGGGAAAACUUAAAAUCAAAGUUGAAGAGAAUGAACUGGAUAUUGAAGGUCUUCAUGCUACUAUUAAAAAUCUGAUAUCUUUAAAGGAAAGCCUAGUUUUGGAAAAAGAUCAACUUAAUAAAAUAAAUGAACAACAAAUACAGAAGAUGGAAAAACUGACAACAGAGUUAUCUACCCUGCAGGACCAGAUUACAAACAAUUCCUCCCAGAAUGAGAAUUUGUUAUCUCAGUUAACCCAGCAUGUUGCAGAUAAACAGUUAAUGAACUCUGAAAUUGAGCAUUUGAAGUCUAAAGCAGAAGACUGGCUUAUAAAGAAAGAUCAGCUUACAGAAAUUAGUGAACAACAACAGGAAGAAAUUGACAAAUUAACUUCAGAUAUAUCUGCUCUACAGAGUCAGAUAACAAAUCUUUCUUCCCAGAACGAGACUUUAUCAUCUCGGUGUGCCCAACAUAAUACAGAUAAGAAACUAAUAGACUCAGAAAUUGAACAGUUGAAGUCUAACAUAAAAGACUUGCUUACAGAAAAAGAUCAUUUUUUGAAAAUAAAUAAACAGCAAUGUGAAGAAAUGGAGAAAUUGACAAGAGAGAGAACUGAGCUACAGGAAGAGAGAAAAAAUAUUUUCUCCCUGAAUGAAACGUUGUCAUCUCAAAUUACCCAACAUGAUACAGAGAAGAAACUGCUGCAUGACAAAAUUGAUCUUUUGAAAUCUAACAUGAAAGGUUUGACUGAAGAAAAAGAUAAAUUUGCUCAAGAUUUGGAAGAUGCAAGAACGUGCUGCAAAUCAUUCGAGGAUGACAAUGAGACCCAGAGGAAAACCCUAGAGAGCCAGAAGAUAGAAAUUGAAAGCCUGCAAAAUGUCAUAGGCAGUCUUAAACAACAACAGCUAAAGCAGGAUGAGGCAAUUGAGACACUGAAAAAGAGCUUGACUCUGAAGGUAGAAGAAGUUGUUGAGGUAAGCAAGGAGCUUGCCAGGGUGAAGGAAGAGCUUCAUGUAGUACAAGGGGAUCUGCAAGUUUCCAGGGAAAAUCUUUCCAACAAGUUGAAAGAGGCAACAAACUUAAUGAUGGAAAAGGCUUCAAUGGAAGUAGAAAUGGCAAGUCUUAAAGACAAGAUUUCAUCUGUCACAGAAAUGGAAAAAUGUCUUAUUACUAAAGAAGCAGAAAUUGAAGAGCUGAGCAAUCUUGUGAAGGAGUCACGCACUGACUUAGCGACACUACGAGCAAAGUUCUCUCUUAAUCAGAAAAUUAGUAGGAAGAAAGAAGAGGAACUGAGGGAAUAUAUGAAGCAUAUUGAUGAUAUGAAAGAGGAGGCAAACCAAUUAAAGCAACAGGUGAAUAUUGCAGAGGAAAGGUCAACCAGUCACCAUAAACAACUGGAGAAAGUGACACAACAAGUGGCUCACUGGCAGAACCGUUUUAAUAAAAAGAACACAGAAGCAGAGGAAGAGGCAUCUAAGCACAUUGAGAUAAUAAAUAAAAUGCUUGAUCUUGAAGAAAGAAAUGAAUCUUUGGAAUCAAAGGUUGUAAUUCUCCAAGCCCAAAUAAAGAAGCUGAAAUCUAAUAAUAGUAAAGAAAUUUCUCAAACUGAGACAGGUAGACAGAAAAGAAAUAGUAAUGUGAUAUCAGAUGCAUCAUCUUCACAUAUAAAAGAAGCAACAGGCAUUCAGCCUUCACAAGGAUCAGAUAGUCAAGAAAUUGUGGGCAGUUCACAGACUCCAGUAGCCAAGAAUUCUUCCUCAUACCAAAUUACUCGACGUGCAGUGACACGUCGGGCGACUAUGCUCUCUCUCUUAAAUAGUUCUGCAUCGUCUUCGCCCAAAGCCUCUUCAAGCAGCCCUCAAGAAGGACGAACUAGAUUACGCAGAUCUCGAGGUGGUAAUUUGGAUGGAACGUCUAGCAUAAAGUUAUCUCAUGAAAAUAAAAUGCGAAUGCGGCGUUCUCACUCAGACCUUUUAAGUGGUACAGCUCCUUUAGAUAAUGAAACCAUGAAGCAAGCCAUGAAGCGAGUCUCUGCCUCCACAUCAUCUUUAAAAUGUCAGAAAAAGCGCAGGUCAGGCACAGAUAAACCUGGGUUGCCUGGCUUUGCAGAGACCCUCUCAACAAAGUUGAAGAAAGGACUGAAUGAUUUGCCCUCUGAUCUAGAGAGCCCUGGAGUAGUACAGAGAUCAACCACCUUGGCCAAGAAAAUGAGAGCUGGUGAAAAGUUACAGGAGGGUGGCCCUCUCAAAUACUUGAACCCCAACAGUCCUAUUCACGUCAGUAGUAGACGUUCUCACAGUCACAGAUCCUCAAAUGUCGUCACUCGCUCGAAAGCUCCAUGUUCAGCAGCCCAUGGGGAGGAAUGCAAAACUCAAUGAUAUAAGUGAAUGUUUUGUAUUUUUUUAAAUGGAAACUGUAGCUUGAGUUUUAUACUUUUUAUUUACUGAAGAAUAUAUAUAGUGUGUGUACAUGAGUGACAGCUUGAAGAUGAUCAGUGUUUCAUAUACAUGCUAUUGUUAACAUUCACAUAAGUUUCUUACUAUGUAAGAAACCUAUGUGAAUGUUAACAAUAGGUUUGGCUGUUCAUGAACUGUAAGUUUGAAAUAAUAUUUUCUUUCAAGAAAAACCAGUGAAAAGAAACACACAUCACAUACUUUUGAUUAUGAAUUUUACAACUACAGUAUUUUCUUUUUCACACUCAAAAAAAGAAAAAAAUAUUUAAACAGUGCUUGUUCAUUUGUAAUUUAUAUUUUUUUUUAUUUUUUGUAGUAUACAUUAUUCUGAUUUUCUUUCACCCUAAUACGUACAUUUGUAAGCACUGUAAUCGUGAAAAUGAGAGUACAGUAUAUUUGUAUUAUUGAACUACAGUACAAUAUCAUGAAUUUUUAUGAUUUUUAAAAGGUUUUUAUAUACUUUAAAAAUUAAACAUAAGUUUCUUUCUGUGUGUAAACUAGAAUAGUAGAGAAUCUUUUAUUUUUAUAUAAAUAUAUAUUAAUUUAUAUAUUUUAUAUAUAAAAUAUAUAUUUAUAUACAGAACUGUAUUUGUCUUUCUAGACUUUCUCUCCUGGUAAAGAAAAAUUUCUCAUUGACAGACUGGAAAAUUUUUGUUGUUUGCUUGCUCAUGAUUCAAAGAAUGGUAUAUGUAACUUAGAUUGAUGCCUCAGUUUGGUCAUGAUGGUAACACACUUCUGCAGAUAUGUAUUGCCAUAAGUGUAAUCAUUGCUUCUAUGCUGAGUGACGUUAGAUACUGUGUAAACUGUUCUGUCUCAUUGAUUUGAACCGGUGACAUACACUGUAUUUUGUAAUACUGAAUUAGUAAUAUUUUUUUUAUUUAUUGAGAAAAGUGAUUGUAAAAUUUAUUUUAUUUUAGUAAGUUCCUGUUUUUUGUAUUUACCUGAAACUUGAAACAUUUAUAUAUUUUCAUAAAAGCUUCUUGACUUUUAACCCGUAAACGGUCCAAGCAGAUCUACGUUCACAUCUGUAUUGAUAAAGCCACUGGAUGGCGAAACGUCUACUACAAUAAAGAUAUCCAGAUGUUGCACAUGUGUCUUAACCUUCACUUAUCUGAAUAAUGUACAUAGUUUCUAUUUAUAUUUUUUUGUAACACAUCAGCCAUCUUCCACAGAGGUAGGGUUACCAAAGAAUAAAGGAAACUCAUUCAUCAUUGUUCAUUAAUAGCUGUCUUGCCUGAAAUUAGAUAAAGAAUAUAACAGCUAAGGAACACAUCUCCAAUUAUGACAUGGGCAAAUAUAGUCCAAGUAAUUUACAGUUUUCAGGAAUAUAUUAACAUUAUAAGUUCGGCCUUACUCUUUCCUUGGCUAUAAAACUUUAAAAAGUAGUGAAAAAUUUAUCUUAGAAGCAAACUGAAAAUCAGUAUAUAAAUGCAUAUAUACCAACUAUGAUGUUUUUUAAUAUUCAAAAUUGUUUUAAAGUACAGUAGCAGUAGCUCAAGAAAUGUUGAAAUUAGAUAGAGGAUCCAUUUGUGUCCGGUUGUAACUAACCAUGAAGUAUUUAACCAUUCAUGGUGAUGCCAUGUACCAGAAACUCAGAAACAUUGUCAUAUACACAUUUAGCUUUUAUUACUCAUUAUGUUUGUGGUUACAACUUCAUGCAUCAUAUCAAAUGAAUUGUAUCAUUGAUACACUAUAACCAAACAACACAAAAGUGUAAGAAACACUGAUCAGUGGCACAACAAACCCUCGUGGAGAAAUUAGACUGAAGAUAAAAAGUGUAUCCUAUAUUGCCACUUGAGAAAUCUAUUGAAGAGGGCCUCAGUGGUUGGCCAAAUUAUACAGUACGGUACAUGUGACUCCCAGCAAUUGCAAUUUAAUUGGUUCCAGGAGAGCCAUUGCAAGUUGAACCCUUAUUUCCCAUAGAUGCAAUGUUAUGAAUAGGGGGAUUCCAUUUCAAUUUCAUACACUAAAAUUUGGGUAUUUAGUAGCUGUCUUGCUUGAAAAAAAAAAUUGUUAAUGCUGGACGAAAGGCAUAAGCUGUACUCUUAUAAUUUUUUUUUUUUAUUUUCUCUCUGAGGGCUAGUUGUGCCAUGUAUCAUAUACACUAAAUAUUCAUUUAACACAUUUCUUCCUACAUUUGGAAUUAACCAGGAGAAAUUUUUGUUAAUUUUGUAGUACUAUAUUUCACAUAAGUCAUGAAUUUUUAUAUUGACAUUAAUAUUAAGAGUAAGAUAGAAGAAUUUAAGUGUAUCAUUCAGGAUUCAUUUGCAAAUCCUACCAUGUUUGGAAUUUUAAGUUUUGUAGGAUCACAAAGCAAUGCCAGUUGUGAUAGUGGACGUAUAUGUGUAUACAUAUAUGGUACCUCUUCUGUUUCUGUUUAACUUUUGUAAAAUAUAUUUUUAUUACCAUUGAAAAA